AUGGAACUCCAAAACCAACUGCAGGGCGACUGGAGCCGAUACUUUUGCAAUCGGCCAGUGGAGUUUGAUGAAAAUGCAAACCAUCAUCUUCUCUCCAGUAAGCUGGAAAGCAGCUCUGUGAGGCUGGAGGGCAAUUCAGAUCCGUACCGCAGCAUCUGGGGGGACGACGAGCAAGCAAGAGUCAAGAGCUGUAACAAUCGGUCAUUUGCCAUGGACGCUAGAAUAAGACUAGAUCAUUUGAAGUCAGCGUGUAAUUCCCCCUUACCUCGCCGUGCCAUGGAUGGGAUAUUGUACAACUUUAACUGUCCAAAAGACAACUGGGACAGCGAUGGGUCACAGGAAGAAGAGUCCGCUUUGGAUUCAGUAGAGCUCCUUGAUGUUGAGGAUGAUGUGCAGGAUGAAGAGAGCUGGUUGUAUGAGUCUCCAAGGAAGCAGGCGUUCGUAGAGAGAAGUGAGUCUGCUCUCAGAUGGUGUCGACACGUCCUGGAUAACCCCAGUCCUGAGAUGGAGGCGGCGUGUCGUUCACUGAUGAACAGGCUGGAUCAAAGAUCAAGCAGUCACUUCUACAGACGUCCUGCAGUUUUCCAUCGUAGUGUGGGCUCCUCUAUUAACACAACAUCUGUCAGCAACACACACAAUAAUGUCUCUGAUGGUUCAGAUGAUGAGCUGAGCCUCCCCCAUGACUCCAUAACCCCAAGCUACAAACUGCAGGACAUGACAGAUGUCCACAUUAUGGCUCGCAUACAGGAAGCCAGUUUGAGACAGGACUAUGUUUCCACACCUGCUGGGAGAAGCCCCGAGUCACUGUUGAUGUUUCCGUCUUAUUUUAACACCACUUGUGAAAAUAUCAAUGACUUCACUCCAGGAAAUAAAACUACGCCUUCGUCUUCCUCCUGUUGGCAGUCCGGUCUGUCAUCACUGAGCUCUUCUCCUCACCGUUCACCAACAUCAGUAGCAAGGCAGGGCUGCCAAAGUCCAACUCUGGCUAGACUUCACCAGCAGGUCGCCCAGCUCAAGCUGCUGAAACAGGCUCAGAAUCAAGCAUCACCAGGCAGGACCAGGUCACCUCUGCGGACCAGCCUCCGCUCCCUCCAGGCUGUGAGGAACAGCAGAAGUUUAGACAUUGACGACGAUGAUAACAACUACCAGUCUGCUGAACAAAUCCCUGCUUACCCACCAUCAGGUGCAUCAUCUAGGUCAAGUUGCUGGUCUCCGUCACUCUCCGCAGCACACAUGAACUCCAACAGCUCGUUGCACUCAGUGAGAAACUCCUCAGACCGGAUGGCGGCUGUGAAGAGACUGCUGAGGUCUCAGUCUCUCAGCCCCUGCAGGAUCCCUCACCCUGCUAAGGGAUACUUGUCUCUUCAUGGACGUGUUUUUGCCUCACCUGAAAGGUCGACCACAGUGGCUUGGGGCAGAAAUGUGUCAUCCACACAAAGAUAGAAAUAUUAUGUCAACCUAGAAUCAAAACAUUAGAACAUUACUAUCUCUUAUCAUGUAUUAAUGUGCUUGUAUGGGCUGCUUGCAUAAUCAUAACAGUAGGAAUUAAUGUUCUACUGCUGUACUGUGUCUGCCUGAAGUUUCCAUCAGAUGGGAUCUAAAUCAUGUUCGUCUGAAACACAAGAAGUAGCUGGCAAUACUGGGAGCAACACCUGACACAAGUGUCUUGGAGGGCUGGAUUUUUUAUUACCUGUGAGGUGAAGCCAGGCAGUGUUGUGUUCUUUAAAAGAUAACCCACUGUAAAUAAUGUGAACUAGUGUUUUAAAUAUUGAAGUCAAAAGAAUGUAGAAAUGUCAGGGGGAUCUCUGCCUGCUGUGCAGAUAUAUCCACCCAUCUGAGAUGGUGUUGAAAAAAUGAAAGCAAAAAAUACUGCUCUGUGCUGUAGUCAGUAAUCAGUGUUGUAACUAAUUCUUUACAUGCAACAUAUUGUGCUUGGAUAGACGUAUUGGCAUGGUGUGUGGAAUUCAAAGUUUAUCAGUGUGGGCCAUGAAGUUCGUGACGUACAUUUCAGUGCUGGUUUGAAUGUGGAAGUGAAGUGCGGCUGAAUGAGUAGGCUGUUUUCUGCAGAAUUGUUGCAACAGGAAGUGUGCAGCUUACAAUCAAGUAAGAACAACUAAACAGGUGACCUGUGCACAAUAUGAAAUGUGUGUGUUACCAGGAAAUAGACUGAGGUGUGGUGUUGGUGCAGUUUCUUCCUGAAACGUAUUGUCAUUCACUACUUUGAUUGUUCAACUGUUUCUCACACCCUGAGGUGAUUAUUUAAGCUUUUACACGUUUCUAUGUAACGCAGCUCUAGUAGACGUUAUGACUUCUCUCAGGGAAGGUACAUUUCUUUAACUGUGUUCCAGCAUGUCACCUGACAUGUUAACACUGCUGUAGCUUUGAGUCACAGCAAAUCCAUCAAAAGUCUGUUUUGUUCGUCUCUCUUUGAUCUCCUGUUUGCUCUUUGCUGCUGAAUGAGAUCCAUUAAAUGCUCUACAUGCAGCACAAAUGAAAUGAUUUAAAAAAAAAUAAAGUGACCGUACAGAUGUUUAUCAAUGUGUAGCAAUCAGAGUGAGAUAUACCAGUUCAGAUGAUACAUGUGACAAAAACAUUCUUUAACAAAAAAAUACUAAAAUGUAAUGAGUUCAGAUGCAUUUAUAUAUUUGUGGCCGUCCAGUUUGGUGUUAGAGUACUCUCUACUGUCAGUAAGGUUUUUGAUCAUGUUUUAUAUGUAGUUUUAAUUAUGAAUUUAUCAA